AUGGCCAUCCAGAACGCCCCGGACAAGAAGAUCACCCUGAAUGGCAUCUACCAGUUCAUCAUGGACCGCUUCCCCUUCUACCGGGAGAACAAGCAGGGCUGGCAGAACUCCAUCCGACACAACCUGUCCCUCAAUGAGUGCUUCGUCAAGGUGCCCAGGGACGACAAGAAGCCUGGAAAGGGCAGUUACUGGACCCUGGACCCCGACUCCUACAACAUGUUCGAGAAUGGGGAGCUUCUUGAGGAGGAGAAGGAGGUUCAAGAAGAAGGAUGCCAGCAAGGACAAGGAUGA